GAUAUCUUUAAUUGGGUUGGCGAUCUAUUUCCCCACCGGAACUAUGGUGUCGCACUAUUUCUCCAUCAAACUAUUGCCUCGUUUCAUUUCCCCACCAAACGAAAGUUAAAUAUCUAUAUACCCACCAUAUCAAAGUUAAAUAUCUCUUUCCCCACCCGACCAAUUUCGAUGGUUAAAUGUCGAAACCCCAGUACCAAACCAUCAAACCUCCGUUAGUAAACCGAAGGAAAACCCAAAUAUUGCUAAACCGGACCUAUAUCUGGGUGAUAACCCGAGACAACGGUCAAAAAUCCCAAAUCUAAAAAAUCCCAAAUUGAUAAGAACCCUAGAAAAAACUGUAGAAUGUGAAUCUCAGAGUUCUUCUUCUUCUUUUCUUAUUGUCGAGUGCUUUUUGCUUUUUGUUCUUAAUCUCUUCUCACUUUGUGUUAAUUUUCUGAUCUAAAGCCAUGAGUAACGUGUCUGGAGCUUCUAGUGGUUCGUCAAGUGGACAUUCUGGAGGCAGAGUGUUUGGUGUGCCGAGAAUUUGUCAUUGUGGGAUUCAAAUAAUGGAAUUGGUUUCUAAAUCCAGCAACAAUCCGUACCGGCGUUACUAUCGUUGCGGAUAUGCUGUAUCUAAGAAGCUCUCAAAUGACAACCACACUUUCAAGUGGGUCGAUGAGGCUUAUUUAGAUGAGAUAGAGGCAUUAAAAAUGAAAAAUGCUUCACUUGCGGCAAAACUGGAGACAGUUACAAUGGAGAGGAAUGAGUUUGAGAGAAUAGUGUUUGAGAAUGUGCAAAUGAAGCUUGAGAAGGAGAUUUUCGAGAGAGUUGAAGAGGCUUUGGUUGAAUCAUCUUCUACGAUGAAGAAAAUGAUGGUUGUUGUAGUUGUUUUGUGUAUGGUCAUGGUUGGGUUUAGUAAGCUCUUUGGUUGAAAAGGUUUAUAUAGGAAUGACCUUUGUUUUAGUAAUCUUAUGUUUUGUGUGUUUGAUCAUUGUGGUUUGUGUACUUUGACAUGGUUUCAAUUUUAUUAAUGCAAUGACUUUGUCUA